AUGUCACAAUUCAGCCUCCUCCUACGCACCAGAAUCUUCCGUUUCUUCCAAGCAAUAGGUCGAUAUCUCGACCACUAUCUCUCCUUCCCACUCCCCCCAUCCCCCUCAUUCAAACUCAAAAUCCCAGCCACAAUCGGCACACCAGGGUUCAUAGACCUCUAUUUCUACGUUCCUGCCUCCUAUUCCAAGCCAUCCACUCCAUCGCAAAAGAAAUAUCCCAUCCUCCUCAACUUCCACGGCGGCGGCUACACCAUCGGCCACCCAACCGACGAUGCGCGUUUCUUCGCCAAAGUCCUCGAGCAGAAUCCCGACACGGUAGUCGUAUCUGUAGACUAUCGUCUCUCACCUACAUAUCCCUUCCCAACUGGAAUUGAAGACUGCGCAUCAACACUUCUUUACAUUUUCGCCCACGCCUCAGAACUCCAUCUCGAUGUCUCGCGAACAUGUCUCUCAGGCUUCAGCGCCGGCGGCAAUUUCUGCUUCGCCGCGCUUUACAGAGCACAUGAAGAGCUAAACCGAUUGAGAUCUGAGGGCCGAAUUGCCGAGUACGAAAAUGGAAAGAUCGUUGGCAUAGCGGCGUUUUAUCCAGCGCUUAUAAGAACGAAGACUCGAGAGGAGCGUGCGGCUUCGAAUCCAAAUUUCAAACCUAUCCCGAUUCCAAAGUUUCUGGCUGGAGUGAUGGAUGAGUCGUACUUGAAUCCGAUACCGAGCGACAUGUCUGUUCCGCUGCUGAGUCCUGGGUUAGCUAGCGAUGAGUUGCUGAAAGCGGCAUUACCUAGGAAUUUGGUGAUGAUCACGUGUUGGGGAGAUGCUUUGUUAGUCGAGGGUGAGGAAUUCAGAGCAAGAUUGAAGAAGUUAGGAUUUAGGGUCGAGGGAUAUACGGUGCCUGGGGUUUUGCAUGGUUGGGACAAAUGGCCUAGUUAUUGGAGAGGUGAUAAGGAGAGAGAUGACGCUUAUGAAAUUGUUGGACGGUGCUUAGGAGAGUUUUGGAACGAGAGUUGA